GGCAUCGUGCAAGUUGUAAUGCAGCGCGCCCCGUGGACUAUUCUAUAAGUUUUGGAGGGUAAUACUAUUAUCAUUUAUCAUAGCAAUCACUAUGGUACAAUGGUUGUAGUAGCGUACUAGCGUAGUAAAAUUAAAUUAAAUUAAAAUAAAAUUUAAAAUUUAUAUCAAAACUAUAAUUCUAAACAUUAAUUAGGUAGUACUAGGUGUUUAUUAUUUCAACCUAUUUUUGCAUUCAACCUUCUGUCGAGGUAAUGUCGAAAAUCAGAGGUAAAAGUCACCAGAUGUGCUGUGUAGUUAAUUGCACAAAUACUCAGAGUAAAACGGAAUCAAUUAAAUUAUUUCGAUUUCCGUCUAAGCCUCAUGACAUUGAACAAAGAAGAAAAUGGAUACAUGCUAUCAAACGAAAAAAUGCUGAUAAUAAACAAUGGGAGCCUACUCCCUAUUCCAGAAUAUGUAGUGCUCAUUUUAUUGGUGGUCAAUAUUCCAAACAUCCUCAGAGUCCAGCAUACAGUCCUACAUUAUUUCCUGUUAUUUACAAACAAAGCAAUUUAUCAAAAAAGAGUGUUGACCGUUUUGAUCGUCAUAUAAAGAGAUCUAUCCACAACUGCAGUACAUCUGCAGUAUCAACCAUAGAUACAAAUAUUUUACAUGAAUCAGACGAUUUCACAGAAUCACAAAGUAAUAGUAAUAGUUUAUGUAAAAAUGUAGCUAUUCAAUGUUCAUCAGUUAUUGUGAGUGAUACUUUUGAAUUUAGUUGUGAAUUUUUUAACAACAGUGUUAGUACCCAAGCAAAUAUUGUAAAUGUUGAAACUUUAUACUUUAAACCUGUAAUGGUAGAUGCUAGUGUAGGUUGUGUAGAUUCAGCUUUAGAAUAUUUUUGUGGUUACCAGUCAGUUGAAAUGUUUACACUUUUCUCCUAGACCAGCAGGGCAUUGACAAGAUGCACUUACAACAUUUCUGUUAGUAGCAUUUACCUAUUACGAGAAUAGUUUUAAAAUAUAACAUGUUGUCAUUGUAUUGCAA